GGUUGACGCUACAAAUAAAAAGGGCCGGGUCUUCAACCAGGAGGCCGUGUCUCUCUGAUUCUGCUCGCCCAGACACAAAAAUGAGAUCUCUUAUCUUUCUAGGGUUCUUGGCAGCAGCGAUUCAGGUUGAUGCCCAGCAAGGCUUCUUGAGCAUAGACUGUGGCAUGGAAGGAGAUUCCAGCUACAACGACACCGCCACCGGCAUCGUAUACGUACCGGACGCCAAAUACAUCGACUCGGGAGUGAACCACAAAAUUUCCAAGACUUACAUGGAUGCUACUACUCCAGCACAGGCCGAGACACUACGAAGCUUCCCGAAUGGAUCUCGCAAUUGUUACACCAUCGGCGGAAUAAAGCAGGGAGAAAAGUACCUCGUACGAGCUUUGUUGUUACAUGGCAGUUACGAUGGACUGGCUUCGGUUGUAUUUGACCUUCAUCUUGGGGUGAACUUUUGGCGAUCAGUGAAUAUUACUGAUCCUUCAUAUCUACUUAAGGCCGAGAUCAUCACUGUCGCUCAGGAGGAUUAUUUCUCGGUUUGUCUGGUUAACACUAAUUCUGGUACCCCUUUCAUUUCUGCGCUUGAGGUGAGACAAAUUAGUAGCACAGAUGUUUACAGGUAUGUGAAUCAGACCAACUCCCUGGUGCUUGGCACUAGACUGAACAUGGGGGACGCUCCGAGCAUCAUUAGGUACCCGGAUGAUGCUUAUGAUCGCUUGUGGACGCCCUUCUCCAAUUUUCCGUACUGGUUCAACAUAAGUUCCUCGGAGACGAUUCAGAGAAACCCAGGAGAUGAAUUCCAAGUGCCUGGUGCCGUCAUGGCCACCGCCGUCACGCCAAGUGAUAACACUUCGUUGCUGCUUUUGAUGUCCGCCAAACCGGGACCCGUCCGUCCAGAGUACUACGUCUACAUGCACUUCGCGGACUUCGACGCCCCCAGCCCCAACCACACUAGAAUGUUAGACGUGUACGUGAACAACGAACUCAAAGCGAGCAACUUUCAACCGAAAUAUCUCCUGUCAACUCAUAUAAGUCUCACGUAUGACCUCGGGACGGCGGUCGAGUACGACAUUGACUUGAACCAUUCGGGUAGCUCGACCCUUCCCCCCAUCCUCAACGCGAUAGAGGUCUACACCCUCCUUUCACUUCCGGACACAGCAACCUACGAAAAUGAUGUGGAUGCUAUGAUGAAUCUGAAGAACAUGUAUAAAAUGACCAAAUGGCAAGGGGAUCCAUGCUCGCCGGAGAAGUUUACAUGGAGUGGGAUAACCUGUUCCCUCUCUAGCUCUGUACAACGCCAAAGGAUCACAUCCUUAAACCUAUCCUCUCUUGGGCUGAAUGGCACGAUACCAAGCGAUCUAGCAAAGCUCACUGCCAUCAAAUCCUUGGACUUAUCGUAUAAUAAUUUCACAGGUCCAAUACCAAGUUUUCUAGCCAAUUUGGAGUCACUUAGCAUGCUAAAUUUGUCACACAACCAACUCAAUGGAUCUAUACCUGAUGAUCUCUAUGGCAGACAAAAGAAUGGCUUAUUUCUUUUAAAAACGGACAACAACCCUCAACUGUGCCAGCAUGGGGCUACAUGUAAUGUUGGUGUGGACGAUGAGAAAAAGAGCAAGAAGAUUGCCACGCCUGUUAUUGUGGCUAUUGCGGUGAUCGGAGCAGUUCUUGUAGCAUUACUGAUCCUAUUUUUGGUGUACUUGGCAAAGAGAAGACGACCUAACGCUCCACGAUCGCAAACGCCCGCUAGCCCACUAAAGUUGGACGAAUUAAAGGCCAUGGAAGAAAAACCAGUUGGAGUUGACGGUCGUCGGUUCACGUACGAGGAAUUGAAGAACAUCACUAAUAACUUUGUGAGGGUUUUGGGAAAAGGGGGAUUUGGGACUGUUUAUUACGGCCGAUUACUGAAUGGCACGGAAGUGGCAGUCAAAAUUAGUUCUCGAUACACCACCGCAGAGGCGAUGGCUUGGUCGCCUAUGUCCCAAACAUCUGAUUCUGCAAUGGCCGGCAUCAAGGAGUUUCUGGCCGAGGUAUCGCUUUUAUCAAGAAUUCAUCACAGAAACUUGGUCAGUUUGAUCGGAUGCUGCAUGGACAACAAUGUUCUUGGUCUUGUUUAUGAAUACGUAGCCGAAGGAACUCUCAAGGAUCAUCUUUCAGAUAAAGCUGGCGGAGGUUUAAAUUGGAGACAACGUCUUCAUAUUGCGAUUGAAACCGCGUUAGGGUUGGAGUAUCUGCACAAGGGAUGCAGACCGCCCAUCAUUCAUCGAGACGUGAAGACCAACAACAUUCUCUUAGACCACAACCUGGAAGCCAAAAUAGCAGACUUCGGGCUAUCCAAAGCUUUCCAAACUGAUGCCAGCACUCAUGUCUCCACCGACGUGGUUGUAGGCACACCAGGAUACGUAGAUCCAGAGUACCAUAACACGUUCCAGCUGAACGAGAAAAGUGAUGUAUAUAGCUUCGGAAUUGUUCUUUUGGAACUCGUGACAGGGCAACCCCCUGUGUUGAGGUCCCCAGAAAGCGGUCACAUAGUGCAAUGGGUGCGGCAGAGGCUAACCAAUGCAGACAUCAGUGAAGUUGUGGAUUCAAGACUGGAAGGACAAUAUGAUAUCAACUCUAUCGUAAAGGUCAUAGAUAUAGCUAUGAGUUGUAUCAACACAGACGGAAGUAAGAGGCCGACAAUGUCUGAAGUGGUGAUGCAGUUGAAGGAGAGUCUGCAAGCAGAGGCGAGUCAGGUGAGAGGUAAUAGCAAUAGCGAUUUGGUGGAGGGAGGAGUUUGCAAGAGUUCGAACGACUCCGUUGAGAUGGCACGUUUAGACGUGACAAAUAUCAUGAUUGGUCCAAUGGCAAGAUAGUGGCAUGAUCUUAGUGAUUGCGUUGUAGACGUGCAUUCUGUGAACAAGUGUGUGGUGGUGCAAGAUGUGGCAACUCAAGUGUCUUGUUGGCUUGCUUUGCUGUGUAAUAAGAUGGGAAUUCUUGACAACACAAUAUUUUUGGAUAUAUAUAUGCGUUACA